GCUCCAGCCGACGGGUUCACCACCAUCCUUAUCUGUGAAGUCACCAAUCAGUAGUGACUAUAGUUCCAACUCAGAGGUCGUGUCGCCAUUUUCUGUCAUCACUAGUGAACAUGAAGGUCCUGUUGGUGCUCGCUCUGUCCCUCGUCACGUGCAAGGCGUUCAUUCUUAGUAGCUGCAGCACCGAUACGGACUGCGGUGCUGAUGGAUGUUGUGUGAAAUCGUUCUUCAGCAGCAGAUGUAGUCACCGUCUACCGUCUCUGUCCAGAUGCCCCCUCCAAGCAACGACUCACUCCAGCUGUUCUACCAUGUGCGCUACAGGUCUUCAGUGUAUUGACGAGAGCUCCCUGGAUAUCGCCAUUGAGCCAGGCUACAACACAGGAUCAUAUGGUCGCUGCGCCCUGCCGUCAUCUGGGGCACCUGCCACCAAGGUAGUAUCGAGUGCACCUUCCACCGGCAUGGCAGUAUAAACCAAAAUGCCCUCAACAAUGUCAAAAUAAAAACAAAUGAUGGCAAUUAAAAA